AUGGGAGAAUUAGAAGUGAAGCCAGCCAGGAUGUCUCUUCUCAUGGCAGAUGGAUCCCCCAAAAGGCCCUAUGGUGUAGUAGAAAAUGUAAAGUUGCAAGUAGAUAACCUGAUGUUCCUGGUAGAUUUUGUGAUCCUAGAAAUGGAGGAAAAUACCAAGAUCCCUAUUAUUCUCGGAAGGUCGUUCCUGAAGACGGCUAAAGUAAUCAUAAAUGUUGAUGAGGGAACCAUAUCCCUCAAAAAUCAAGAAGAGGAGGUGAUCCUGAGUGCCUGUAAGACAGGGCGGAAGCAUGAAGAAAAUGGAACCAAUCCCAAAGCUGCAUUUCAAGAUGCACUCGGGAAAGUUAAUAGAACCGCCAAAGCAAGAAAGAAAGGUAAAAUAUAUUUUUUGUCACAGGUACCCAAACAAGAAAAACACAACAAAGGAUCAAUUGUUCAUCAAAGUCCUUUAAAAAAGCAGGAAGGACUAAGACCAGGCCUCCCUGUGCAAUGCAACAAGAAACUCUGGGUGAUAAAGGACUUCACCGCUGAUGGAUUCAUAGAGAUUGAAUCUCCUACUUCUAGGAGAACCAAAAAGGUGAACAGGAAAAUGCUAAAGAUCAAUUGA